GCACAGCCAUGCAGCAAGGCCAGCGCCGUCAGUGACACUUCUUGCGCAUCCACUUUUCGUAUACCUGGAAGAGCAACAGCACCCUGCGACCUCUGACCUCACCUGACCCCGACCUGCCCCGCACUCAGCUGACCAUGGAGACGUGCGUGCUGAUUCCGCAAGAGUUCUCGCUGGUGCUCACCAACACCAGUGUUGACCGAAACGCAAACAAACUGUGUGAAAUGCGCGUGAACGUGUGGAGUAACACCAGGAUCCCUCAGGGCACCGUCAUCUACCCUUUCCAGGGCACCAUCCGUCUCGACAAACUCGACGUCUUCGGCUACCUUGAUGAGGGCGAUAUCAGACACAGAUUCGGCUGCCACGACGACAUCCACGAGAGCGACGGACACAGCGUGCGUUACUGCAACUGGGUCCGAUUUCUGAGGAUCGCCGCCACUUACAACGAGGACGUCAACAUAAUCGGCACCAAAGUUAAAGGCGAACCUGUGUUCGAAGCCAUCAAAAUGAUCCCUCCCAACACAGAACUCGUGGUGUACUUCUUGCCGGAGAGACCUGAGGAGUUGUUCUUCAUGCCGGCGGUGCAUUUCCUGCGCAACUCGCUCUACCGCAGAACCAUGGACUCCAUUCUUGAAGAUUCUCCUCUCGACCUGUCCAUGUCCCUGCUGUCCAGAGUGCUGGUGACCCCUGCCAGUGACACAGAUGAGCACAAGUCUGUGUCUGGCGACAGUUCGGCGAGCUCAGCGGCGUCUUCAGCUGGCGACAUUGAGAAUCUCAAAACAGAUCCCAACAUUCCUGUGGUGGUGAAGAAGCCGCGCGAGAGGACGUUACUGCCGUGUGAGGUGUGCGGAAAGGCCUUCGACAGACCGUCCCUCCUUAAAAGACACAUGAGGACCCACACAGGUGAAAAGCCCCACGUUUGCGAGGUUUGCGGCAAAGGGUUCAGCACAUCAAGUUCUCUAAACACGCACCGGCGCAUCCACAGCGGCGAAAAGCCUCACCAGUGCGGCGUCUGCGGGAAGCGAUUCACCGCCUCGUCCAACCUUUACUACCACCGCAUGACACACAUUAAGGAGAAGCCCCACAAGUGCCAACUGUGCUCGAAGUCCUUCCCGACUCCUGGUGACCUCAAGUCGCACAUGUAUGUGCACAACGGCUCUUGGCCCUUCAAGUGCCACAUCUGCAAUCGCGGCUUCAGCAAGCACACGAAUCUGAAGAACCACCUCUUCCUGCACACGGGCAAGUACGCCAAGAGCAGUAGUAGCGCCGCGUCGUCCUGUUCCACCGCCGAGAAGAAGAGCAAACCGCGAAGGUUCGGCAAAGUCGCGGUCGAAAUCUUCUAAGGUUGAUCAGAUCGAGAUGUAGAUAGACUGUCCUCUGUAAAUUAUUGAAAAUGUGCUGUACAGACACAAAUUAUUGUUAAGUAAUUUAAUUCGAUCAAUUUUAAUUAAUAAGCUCUCUUAAUCGGUCCUGUCUAGAAAUAUAUUAUAUAUUUGAGAAUAUAAAAAACUUUGUGGCACAUUCGCAUUUUCAAGUACCUUUUUUGUUGUAAAUAACAAAUCGUCCGUUAAGUUUUUUUGCCAGAUGUGCCAUUUUUGUUUUUUGCUGCUGGAUAUGAUAAUAAUUAAGAUAUGAAAUCUCUCUCGUCUCAAAUGUCUUAAAAGUGUAUAAAACUUUGAGCAGUUUUAGCAACUAGGGCGAUAAAAGAAGUGAUGCAUGUUGAGAAUAAAACUUUCUUACUUAUGUUAGUAAGUAGUCUCUUGAUUGAUAACUAUGUUUUUUAUACAAAUAUGAAGGUAAAAAUAAAAACAACAAUUUA